AAAUAGAAAGGGUUGAUUUUCUUACUUUGUUUCGUUCUUCGGUUCUUCCCCCGAGGGUGGGUGGUGGUCUCUCAAGUCUCUCCCCCUUUUUUUUUUUUAAUACUCGGUGCUACCACUUGUACGUCGGGAAUCUCUCUCUCUCUCUCUUAAGACUAUCUAUCUUUCUGAGAAACAGAGAGAGCCAUUUUCUCCUAAAUUCAGACCUCCUCUCUGAAUUCUUAUUGUUAUUACUAUUACUUAACAAACACGGAGAUCAGAGUCUCGAAAUUGGAGGGCGGGUGGGAUAUGAGGGAGAGUAGAUCUGUCAUCUGAGUAGGUUCUUCUGUUUAUAGAUAAAUGAAAAGUGUAUCAACCAAAGGAUGUUACUAGUUCACGCUUAGUCCGCAACAACUCACUAGUUCAUGGUCAGCAUUUAGACAGUGGCAUCAACACAAUGGAACCCAUCAACGGAGGAAACAGUCUCAAUAAUCCUAACCUUGCCUCAAAACAGCGACUGCGUUGGACACACGAGCUUCAUGAACGCUUUGUCGAUGCUGUGGCACAACUUGGUGGGCCAGAUCGUGCGACACCAAAAGGUGUUUUGAGAGUGAUGGGUGUACAAGGUUUAACCAUAUACCAUGUAAAAAGCCAUUUACAGAAAUAUCGACUUGCAAAAUACCUACCCGACUCCUCGUCUGAUGGAAAAAAAGCUGACAAGAAAGAACCUGGGGAUGUGCUUUCCAAUUUGGAUGGUUCAUCUGGAAUGCAAAUUACAGAAGCACUCAAGCUGCAGAUGGAGGUGCAGAAGCGACUGCACGAGCAAUUAGAGGUACAGAGACAGCUGCAGUUACGGAUUGAAGCACAAGGAAAAUACUUGAAGAAAAUUAUAGAAGAGCAACAACGACUUAGUGGAGUUCAUUCAGAAGCACCUGGCUCUGGGCACUUAGCUCGUUUGUCAGAUGACAACUGCCCAGAAUCUGAUAACAAGACUGACCCGGCAACCCCAGCCCCGACCUCUGAGUGCCCCCUCCAAGACAAGGCUGCCAAGGAAUGUACACCAGCCAAGAGCCUUUCCAUUGAUGAAUCUUUCUCAUCUCGUCAUGAACCCUUGACUCCAGAUUCUGCUUGUCAUGUUGAUUCUCCAGCCGAGAGUCCAAAAGCAGAGAGCUCGAUGAAGAAGCGGCGGGUUAUCAUGGGCGAAGCAUUCGCUGAUCCAGAAGUGGUGCUUACACACCAGAUACUAGAGUCGAGCUUAAACUCUUCUUAUCAGCAAACGCACACAACUUUCCUGCCUAGGGAGCAGUUUGAUCCCUCAUCCGGGAUUUCAUUCAGGAAUGAAAAUAUAUUGGAAAAAGUUGCGGGCAGUGACAUGUAGUUUAGUGUUCUGAGCAGCAUGCCCUGAAGGGGUUUCAUUUUGCCGUAAUGAGUUUUAUGGGAGGUCUGUAACCAGGUGAAAGAAUGUUGCAAAUUAAAGGUGUGCUGCAUUAGUUAGGUUCCAGCUUCAAUCACGUCUAUGAACUGUGCCUUAUUUAAAUUGAGAGAAUUGCUGUGAACAAUGGUUGGAAUUAGUACUCUGCAAUAUAAUUACCGUAGAGCUUGUUUGUGGCCAGAUAUUCUUUAUAAA